GUAUCAAUGUAGCAGUAGGUCAAAGGUCAACCAGACGUCUUCAGUCUUCACCGUGUCAGCUGUAGGAGCGACAGUUUCUUCACUUUGGGCCCCCAUGCAGUGGUAGAUAUGGACGCAACAAACGAAGUGCACGUUAGCAAUGUUCUACAAGAGCUGAACGAACAGAGGGCGCGGGCAGAGCUGACGGACGUGGUUCUGGAGGUGGAAGGGAGAAGUUUCCCCUGCCAUCGUGCAGUCCUGGCAUCAUGCAGUCCCUACUUCCGUGGCAUGUUCACCAGCGGCUACGCGGAGGCCAAACAGGAGAGGAUCAGCAUUCAGGAUGUGGGUGGGGUAGCCAUGGCAACCAUUCUGGACUAUGCCUACACCGGCCGCCUUCAGACGGAGCCAGACCAGGUCCAGGCUGUGAUGGCAGCAGCCAGACUGCUACAGGUGGAUUUCGUAGGUCAGAAGGCAGCAGAAUACAUGAAGGACCAUCUGGACGUGUCCAACUGUGUGGAUGUUUGGAUGUAUGCUGACAUGCUGGCAGACUGUAGCCUUGUUGAGGCCAGUAAGAAGUAUGUGGCAUCCAGGUUCGACCAGGUGGCUCUUCAACCGUCCUUUGUCCAGUUGCCUUUGAGCCUUCUGCAGCCAUUGCUUGACAAGGAUGAUCUAAUGGCCAAGUCUGAAGACAACGUUGUGCGAGCUGCUUUGAGAUGGGUCGACUUUAACCAAGAAGAGCGUUUGCAGCACCUUUCUACCCUUUCUAAAUCAUUACGUCUGUCUCAUAUCAGCCCAGAACUGCGUGUUGAAAUGAAGAAAAAGUGCCGGUCGACAGAUAGCAAGUUGGUUUACAGUGACAAUACAGCCCAACGGCUGGGACAUGCGCAAACUGAACUACAGAUCUUCCUUAGGGAAGUUUACUCAGACGAUGAAGACGAGUGGUCUACUCCUUGCUAUGACCCUUCCGCAGGUCGACUGCAUGCAAUUGAUAUGCCUGAAAACCUGGACAGCUUUUCUAGAUCUGUGACAGUAACUCCUGAUGAUGAACUGUACAUGACAGGUGACAUUGUUAAAAGUAGAGAUGACAGGCAGAGUAAAUUUUACCAGUACAACCACCUUCUAAACACCUGGGAACCAAGGUGUGGGAUGAUUGAACCCAGAUACAGGUGUGGUCUCGUGUAUCUGCAGGGGCAUAUCUAUGCCAUUGGUGGUGAUGGUGCCAGCAGAAGAACAGCAGAGAGGUAUGACCCAAGUUGUGAUGAGUGGACGUCUAUACCACCCAUCCCUCAGCCCAUGUCCUCAUCACCCUGUGUUGUGACUCUAGAUGACAGCAUCUAUGUCAUAAGUAAGGAAGGCUGCUACAGCUUCUCUACCACCGAGAACAAGUGGAGCAAGAUAGCGGACAUGCUUCGACGACCAGUGCGUCCUCAGGCCGUCACCUAUCGGGGGUGCAUCUACUCUAUAGACUGUGAAAGCAACAGAGACUACCAAUACUAUUCCAGAGUAGAGAUGUAUAAUCCUACGAAAGGCGAGUGGAAGGUGUCAGAUGGCUCUUUUGAGUUUGAGUGUGACACAGCAACCUUGAUGAAAUACAGAAAGACUAUGUACGUUCUCAUCAUGCAUAGUGGCCCAGAUACAGACCUACUUGAAACUGACAUGGACCGCACUACACUUUUAGUUUACCAGUACCAGCCAAAGUCAGACUCUUGGCGGUAUCUAGAUGUCAAGAACAAGAGAAGGCUGUUCCCUCCCUUGGCACAGUGGUUGAGUUUAGCUAGUACAACAGAGUGCCUGACAGUAAGGAUGUUCCCAUUGUGCCUCAGGGAUCCAAAGGCAUACGAGCGCGAUUAUCGCGGUGUAGGAGAUCACAGCGACUCCAGUUCCUCUGACUCAUCUGGAAGUGACUACAGUGACAGUGAUGACAUAUCAGACCAGGAAGACGGUGAUGAGGACAAUUCCAAUAGCGACAGACAGAGUGGAAGUGAUGAUGAAGACAUCUAAGACACUAGAUCACCAUGAAGGAUUAAAUCAGCAUUAACAAGAUCUUGAAGGAGAGCAAUAGAGAAGUUUUGGAAACACUUUGUCAUUGCUAUAAGAUAAGAUCCACACAAACAUGCCAGUAUUGAUGCUUUCAAUACAUUCCUUUCCCCCAAUAUACUGGUCAGGUGUAAAAUGUCUGAACACUGAUCUCCCUAAAUGUGGAAAGACGUUGAGAAGUUCCAAACAGCCUUGUAUUUCAGAUUGUACAUGAAUGGAACCAUUUGCUUUUGUUGUAGAUCUCUGCUUAACAUGAAUAUGCAAUGAGCUUGAUAUGUUUAUGUCCUUGUAGAUAUAGAUCUUUUAACAGUAAGAAUGUUACUAAUCCAGCCAUUUUCUUGGUCGUUUUAUAACAAUAUGUAUUUUUAUGAUGUAAUUUGUUGUAAACCCUGUAAGUUACGUUUACAUGAUGUCAGCAAAUGUAGCUACUUUCAAAACCAUAACGUUGUAUUAUUAUUACACUAGAAGUCACAGUGUCUUCUAUUCACCCAGUCAUUAAAUGUGGAGAAAUAAAGCCAUGUACUAACCCCAA